AUCCCACUUUCCCCCCACGGAGUUAGCUGACGGAGCUAACUUAGCCAGGCGACGGUAACUGUGCCUCAGUCCCCACGCCGACAUGCCGGAGUACCUGGACGACCCGUCUGUGCUCACUAAAGACAAGCUGAAGAGCGAGCUGCUGGCCCACAACGUAGAGCUCCCGAGUGGAAACCCGACCAAGGACGCGUAUGUGCAGCUUUAUCUCAAAAACCUGACCAUUCAUAACAAGAAACAUGUCACAGCCACGACUCUGGACAUGUUCUCCAGCGACGAGGAGCUGCCACCGCCCGUCGUCUCGAGCAGGAGUCGCUCCUCCGGCAGGAAAGCCACCAGGAAGACAGACAAGGUUCAAGUGGAUGAAAUGGAUGUCACCGUACUGACCGAUGUGGGCUUGAAGGAUGAGCUGCUGAAGCAUGGAGUGGAUAUUGGGCCGAUUGUGGCAUCCACCCGUAAGCUGUAUGAGAGGAAACUGCAGAGGCUGCUGGAUGACGGCCCUGCACAGCUGCCGCCACCGCCAAAACUGCUUCUUACAGAGUUACAAGUAAACCAUAACGGCAAUUCUGAAUCAGACCAGUACAGUGACAAGGAGGACGAAGUGAUGGCAGAGCCAGAACCUGUGGCAGAACCUGAACCUGUGGCAGAACCUGAACCAGUUCCAGUGGUGGAGAAACCGGUGCAGAGCAUAGGGAAUACUCCUGUCACCAUCCGCAACCGCAGCAGACAGCACCAGAAGGUGGAGAAGAUUGCAGCCAACGACCAAAAAGUGGAGGAGAAUGAUGUUCUAAAGGAUCUGUUCCCCAAAGAAAUGAAUAGUCCAACAGGAAUUAGUGCCACCUGUCGACGACCCAUUCGAGGAGCUGGCAGUUACUCAGUGACGUCCAGCGACCUGUGGAAUAAUGAAAACCACUUCUCUCCAAAAAUCUUCAAGACAACCAGCUCCUCCUCCUCCUCCUCCUCCUCCUCUUCCUCCUACACACAGAGCUCCACUAUCAACAGAGUCACCAGCCUGCCCCCCUCCACCUCUUCUACCUCAAGGCUUCUGUCUGCAGCUCCCCCUACAGGUCAGACCAAGGCAGUGCACCGCAGCGUGUCUCUCUGGAUAAAGCUGUUCCUGCUGGCCAUUGUGGCUGCUUUCCUGUUCUUGGUUUACCAAGCCAUGGAGACCAACACCAACAGCCCUUUUGGAGCCACAGACACAGAAGUGGCAAGUAGCAGCACAGCAUGAAGAGCCAAGGAAAUAUCUAAGGGGAAAUAAAAGCCUGUGCUUCUGGUUUUUCAUUUUCUUCAAGCGUGAAUCGGCAUUGUAGCUAUUUUAAUCACGGGCGCUGUGAAAUUAUCUGACAUCUUGGUCCUUUUUCCUCAAGAUUGUCUAUUCCUUUUUUUAUUUCUUAAUAGAUUGCUAGUGAAUCCCAUAAGAGAAGCCAUUUUAUUGACAUUUCAAGGAUCUCCGUGACAUGUAGUAAAAGGACAGUACCUCCUGCACUGUUGUUGUUAUGGUCCAUUUUUUUUAUCUUUUUAUCUUUGACUGUGAGGUUUAGACAAAACCAGCCAAACCAGCCACACAAUUUUCAUAAAAAUAUGUGGCUAAAUUUUUACGACCAUGUUAAUUUUUUGUCAUACUUGCAUGGUGUGUUUGUAUUGAAUCUGUGUGGUUGAGCUGUUUUCCACACUGUCUGUCUCUGUAAGUCAUUAACAGCCUUGAAGAUGGAGUUUGAUUUUUUUUUUUUUUUUUGUACCAUACUUGACCAUCUUUGUUAAUGAAACAGGGAGGCUUCUUAUUAUAAUCCAAAUACUUCUAAAUCUUCUUUAGCCCUACACCAAUAUUUUCUUGAUGUUUUCUAAAAUAAGAAUAUGCAUGUGCCUGUGUAUUCUCCCUAAUAAUAAUGUAUUCUCUGUCACAAAUAUUGAAUAUUCACUCAAUAAACUAUGACACUAACUGUG